ACGUUGAAUGAUAAGAGCGGAAGAGGUGAGGAAAGCAUCGUCAGGCAAAUGCAAAGGCAAUGGCCGCUUCCUCACUGUUUUCCCCUGUUCUCCCCUACACCAAAUUCUCCUCCUCAACUCUGCGCUUCACGAACUCAAAAAAUUCCAUCUUUGCCCUCUCGUGUUCUUCUCCGAAGAGCAUUCCUGUGACGGAGAAGGAGGUGCUCCAAGCCAUAGCUGACUCCGACGGCAAGAACCUCCCAUGCGUCAGAACCUACGACAACGACCUGUCUCAGCUCACUCUCGUCGGAACCGUCGAUUUCAACCAAGCUUUGACGGCCGCCGCCGCCGACGGCGGUGAAGUCGCCUCCGAUCACAUCGACGCCGGCUUGGACGCCAUGGUCGUCGAAACCGUGUUCCCUGCUCCUUCUAGCGACCACGCCACUGUCUCCACUCGACUGUUCUUACCUGCUAGGAAAGUUAAAGAAAAAGCCACUAAGCUCAGGAAGUCUUUCCCCAAAGAUGCAUUUUCUGGCUCUGCGUCUAAGAAUGUACUUGCUAUGACCUUUAGACAAGUAGUUUUGCAACAGAUUUGGAGCUUUGACCUAACCGUCUUUCAACCAGGAGAGGAACGGAAGAUGGAUGAUCUUGAAACACCGAGAGAGGUUCAUGCAUCUUUUGCUCUCAGCUCAUCCGAUGAAUAUCUUAUCUCAGUGCUUGCAGAAGCCAUUUGCAUAUCUGCACUUCAAAGCACCCAAAUACAAUUUCUUGACAAAGCAAAAGGUGGUAAUAGAGGUGGUUUCUUUCGCUGGUUUCAGAAGCCUGAAAGUGUACAAUCAAAAGAUUCUGCAAUUAUCUUAUCCAAAUUAUUUGAAGAUGAGAUAGUUGAAAAUGCUAGGAGUCUAUUGGAUAACUAUAAUUUAAUGAAGGAUGGCUUCAAGCCUGUGAAAAUUAAGUCAGGGCAUCAUUGGUGGAAGCCAUCAUGUUAUGAAAAGUUGGAGAAAAUUGGUGGUUCUGAUUUCAGUGCUUGGGCAAGUGAGUAUGUACCUGCAUAUCGGUUAGAGAUUGACACGAAGAUAGUGGGAGAUUCCAAAAUUGAAGGUUGGAAGAAGUCUGCAGAAAAUAGGUGGGAAGUUCUUUUGACCCACUCUCAAAUGGUUCAGUUGGCUGAAACACUAGAUAUAUACUAUGUGGAUCCUUAUUCGCUACCUUAUAAACAAUUAUCCUGUGGUGUGGCUGCCAAGUUUGCCAACGUGUACAAUAAAAAGGGGAAUUCUUUUCCAAAAUUGUUGUCAUUCGCCCUUGCAAGUGGUAUAUUUCUUGUAGCAAUUAGUGCUCUGGGUCAAUUUUGUUUGCCUUGGUUAUGCAAGGAAAGGAAACACUCUGUAGAACAUAGAUCUCUACCAUCAUCGGAAGUGAAUGUUGCAAUGAAUGACUUUUUUGAUACAAAAAAGUUGGAAGAGUGUUGUGUGUUAGCUAUUGCUAAGGUAAAGGACACUUUUGGCUGGUUGGGUGAAAUUAAGGUGGAGGAUGGUAUUGGUGUCUGGAUUGGAGAAUUGCCAGCUUACUUGAGAGGUGAAGGUGUUGAUACACUUUCUACUUCAGAGAAUAUAGAUGCAGAUGCAAAAGUGCCCAUACAAGACAUUGCUAGUUACCAGGUGGUUUUCUCUAGUGAGAGGAAGAUAGUUGGUUUUCAACCUUUGAGUCGUGUUGCUGUCAAUCAUUGGGCUGCUAAUCCUUUAGCAAGGGAGCUAUAUAGAGGGAAAAAACUUUCUCCAAGCCUCAUUGAACCAGGUCUCAAGGUGCCCCUUCCUGAAAAAGUUAUCGUUGUAGAGUUAUUAAUGUCGAUAAAUCCAGAUGCAUAUUUUGCUCUAGCCAGGCGAUUCCGGUGAUCCUUUUCUUGGGGUAAUUGUAAGACUAGAAGCUAGUCAGGCCCUAGGUUGACUAACCAAUCGGAAUAUUGUAGAUUUAAGGUUAUAUGUUCCCCCUAAGUGAAAAUUUUCGGGCACCACCUUGAGUUUUUUAUCAGUUUCUUUUUUUUAAUAGGCAUCCUGAAUAUUUUAGCACAUUGUUUCAAGAUAGUUCAUAACCCUUUCUCAAUAUGAAUCUACCCGGAACAUCAUUUAUGCAUUGAUUGACUGAGAAAAGUGAUAGGGAGGUGGAAACAAGAGAGAAAUUAAGAGAUAAAGAUAUUAGAGAGAAAAGAAAACAAAGUGAAGUGCAUAUGAUGUAUUGUUUGGAUGAGUGGAAAUGAAAAAGAAAAAAAUGGAGAAAAAAAAUUCUAUUUGUUUGAAUAAAUAAGAGUGGAAGAAAAUGAACAUAAUGUAGCUAUAUACAUUUUUACCUUUAUGUAAGGAGGAUUGGGGAAAUGGAGUGGUGCAUUUUCUUCGUGUGUCCCAUACAAUGAUACAAAAAUUCACUCUU